AUGUCGACAUCGUCGUCGCCGUUCGCCUCUGUCGCUGCGCCUGCGUUCCGUCAGGGGAUCCGACGGCGGCGGGACGGACCUCCAGACGUGGAGAUUCAGGAGUUGGACUCCCGUACCAUGCGACAGAGCGCCUACAAUUACUUUGAGCGCCACGCGGUCGUGCCGUCUCUCCUGCGCACGUCGACGUUCCACUCGGCGCUGGGCCGCAGCGAAGCGUCGUCCAAGCGGCAGCGCACACUCGCCGAGCACUUGGACAACAUGUGCCUUCAGGACCGCAGUCCGGACAGCGUGGGCUCAAGUAGAGCAGCCGUGGCGAGCAGAGACGCGCAGCAGUACAGAGAGUGUGCCCGGGAGGGUCUGCUGUUGGCCGACUAUGACGCGCGUGGACAGGAAGGGAAUGCGUCGGCGCGGGGCGCGAGCGGCAGCGCGAGCGACGGUGCAGUGGACCACGUGGAAGAGGGCGUCCAGACAGUGGCGGAGCUCGGGCGACUGCGUCGGUUCUUUGCUGCUCACGGCAGCGACCGGCGUCGGUCCAUUGACCGCAUGUACCGCCACUAUGUAACGGCACUUCCUCAACCCGCCGCGACGACGGGCUUGCAAGGCAAUGAGCUCGUGGUGUUUCGACCACGAACGACGGCGACUCGUGGGAGUGACAUGGCAGCGUACCUGUCGCUCACACCGCAUGACUUUGACAAGUUGUCGACCGCUGAGAAGCGACAGUGGUAUCAGGCACACUGUCGAUUCAUGACGGAACUCGAUGCGGCGAGUGCCGCGCACAAGAAAGACGACGACAUGGCUCUUUUGUUCGACGUGGAGCACAUGGAAUUGAACGAGAGGCGCUGUGUUCCUCCUGAACACGCGAUGGCAAGUUUGAGCUCAAGCUGCGCGCAUCAGGUACUUGAGGCGCCCAGCGACGUGGAAAUGAUGGAGGUUAUCGAACAGGACGUGGCACCCAAACGCCGUCCACAGGCUGCAGGCGCUCUCACGCACACCGAGUGGUUUGCCGACGCUGAUCUGUGA